AAGAAGGAGGAGGAGGUGGAGGAGGAGGAGGAGAGGAGAGGAGACAAAGAGAUGAAGAUAAAAUGACUGUGAUUCUUCAUCAUGUCUGAGGAGGUGACAGGAGCAGAGCGAGGUCCACAAGAGGAGGAGAGAGAGGGAGGAGAAGUUGAAGGUGAAACAGGAGGAGGGGUUGCCAUGGGAACCCCCAAAUCUCCUGUUUAUUGUGUCUGCAGGAAACCAGACAUCAACCGUUUCAUGAUUGGGUGUGACAGUUGUACUGAGUGGUUUCAUGGAAGUUGUGUUGGAGUUUCAGAAAAAGCAGCUAACGCCAUCAGAGUGUGGUACUGUCCAUCCUGUAGAGAUAAAGACUCGUCUCUGGAGAUAAAAUUCCGUCCAAAGAAAAACAAGGAGAAGGUGGAGAAAGAGGCGGGGCCAGAGAGCGACGACAAACCUGAUGGAGAAAGAAGCCCCACCCCUCAAUCCAAGAUGGACAAGAGGCAUGUGUCACAGAUCAAACGCUCGGCGAGGAUGUGUGGCGAGUGCGACGCCUGCCUCAGGACAGAAGACUGCGCUCAGUGCGACUUCUGUAAAGACAUGAAGAAGUUCGGAGGUCCCAACAAAAUCCGACAGAAGUGUCGACUCCGUCAGUGCGAGGUCCGAGCACGGAAGAUGCUUCGUGUCAAAGAUGAAGAGAUGGGGCGGAGUGGCAGCAGGGGGCGGGGCCCACUGAGGAGAGGGACGGGGCAUCUUACGGAGGAGGACGACGACGAUGACGAAGAAGAGGAGGAGGAGGAGGCGGGGUUUAGUGAGAGCGAGCUGGAGCUGUACGAGCAGUACAGAGCUGCUGGAUACGUGGACCUGGUGUGGCAGAGCGAGGACGAGGACACUCAGUCAGACUCUGUGAGGAAAAAGGCGGUGAAGGUGAAGCACGUGAAGCGUCGAGAGAAGAAGCCAGAGAAGAAGAAGUCUGUGUCUGUCCCUAAAGAGGAGGUGAAGCCGCGGCGUCACAAAGUGAAGCAGCGUCACAAGGAGCGCGUGCGACACAGUGAGCGGGCUGGAGAGGGCGGAGUUAAAGAGGUGGGCGGGGCCACGAAGCAGUGCCUGGGUCCUGGAUGCGUUGAACUGGCGAGGACAAACUCUAAAUACUGUUCUGACGACUGUGGCAUGAAACUCGCUGCCAAUCGUAUCUAUGAGAUCCUUCCUCAGAGGAUCCAGCAGUGGCAGCAGAGUCCCUGUGUGGCUGAGGAAAUGGGGCGGAGACAGCUGGAGCGAAUCAGGAGGGAGCAGCAGGCGGCGAGGCUCCGCCUCACACAGAUGGAGAAGCGUUUCCACGAGCUUGAAGGAAUCAUCGCUAACGCUAAACUGCAGCAGGUCCAACAGCACGAGGAGGUGGCUGAAGGUGAUGGGGACGACACAGACCUUCAGAUCUUCUGUGUGUCAUGCAGUCACCCUGUCAACCCCAAGGUGGCGCUGAGACACAUGGAAAGAUGCUACGCUAAAUAUGAGAGUCAAACAUCAUUCGGGUCCAUGUACCCAACACGUAUUGAGGGAGCCACCCGGUUGUUCUGCGACGUCUACAACCCUCAUAGUAAGACAUACUGUAAACGGCUGCAGGUCUUAUGUCCUGAACACUCCAGAGACCCAAAGGUCCCAGCAGACGAAGUGUGUGGUUGUCCUCUGGUGAAGGACGUGUUUGAGCCGACGGGAGACUUCUGCCGCGUCUCAAAGAGGAAGUGUAACAAACAUUACUGUUGGGAGAAACUACGACGAGCCGAGGUUGACCUGGAGAGAGUCCGAGUGUGGUACAAACUGGACGAGCUGUUCGAGCAGGAGCGGAACCUGAGGACGGCCAUGACCAACCGAGCCGGACUGUUAGCUCUGAUGCUGCACCAGACCAUCCAACAUGACCCCAUCACCACUGACCUGCGCACUGCCAAAGACCGCUAGACGGGUGGGGACAGAGGAACAGAGGGACAGGAGGAGACACAGACCAUCCAUGCAGAGAGACAGGAGGGG